AUCAGACUCUGAGUCAGAAGAUUAUGAGGACAGGGGCUCAAGAUCAAAGCAAAGGAAGGCGCAUUAUAGGUCAGAUUCAUCACAUGAUUCAAACAGAUCUUCACAUAAAAGGAAAAAAAGGAAUGACCUGUCAGAAAGAGGAAGUUCAUCACCAUCAAGGGAUAGAAAGAGAAAGAAAGAUAAGAAGAAAAAGAAACAAAGGUCAAGGUCACCUUUAGAGAGAAAGAAGAAGCAAUAUGAUAGUGAUAGUGAUUCAUCAGAUACAGAUGAUAGAUACCACAGAAAACAAUCCAAAUCAUCACGAUUAAAUCACGAAGACGAUGAUAAAAUGCAGGAAGAAAUGAGGAGAAGAAAAGAAAUAAUAAAAGCCACAGAGACACCUGAAGAGAAAAGAGCUCGAAGACUUGCCAAAAAGGAAAGUAAAGAGAGGAAAAGACGAGAAAAGAUGGGCUGGGACCAGGAGUAUAUGGGAUAUACUAAUGUAGAUAACCCAUUUGGAGAUGAACAUUUAACAGAAACAUUUGUAUGGUCAAAGAAGAUUUCAAAGGAAGGUAAAGAGGCAUUAGCUCAUGAAGAAAUUCAUCAGAUGACCAAAAAGAAAAUGGAAGAAAAUAGGAUUGAACUUGAGAAAGUCAAGAAAAGAAGACUGGAGAGAGAGAAAGAAAGAGAAGAAAGGGAAAAUGAAAGGGAAAUGUUACAGCGUGAAAAAGAAGCAGAGUAUUAUAGAGAAUGGGAGAAAUCUGAAGAUACUUUUCACUUACAACAAGCUAAGAUGCGUUCAGAGAUACGUAUACAGGAUGGACGUGCCAAACCUAUAGAUUUACUGGCUAAAUAUAUAAGUGCGGAGGAUGAUGAACUGGCUGUAGAGAUGCAUGAACCAUAUACUUACCUUUAUGGGUUAACAAUAUCUGAUCUGGAGGAUUUACUGGAGGAUAUUAAAGUAUACCUUGAAUUAGAACAAGGAAAAAAUACAGAAUACUGGAGGGAUAUUGUCACUGUAACCCAAGAUGAACUCAUUAAACUCAGGAAGUUAGUUAGUUCUGGUGAUUAUCGAGAUCGUAGAGAGGGUGUUAACGAGGCAGUAAACGAUGAGGUAGUAUCCGUAUUUAAAGGGAAAACAACGAAACAACUACAGCUGUUAGAAGACCAGAUGAAAAAAAAACUGGAGGGUGGAGAGGGAGUUGAUGUUGGUUAUUGGGAGUCAUUAUUACAACAACUUAAAGCACACAUGGCUAAAAAGAUUAAAGAGAGGAUAAAGAUUUUAAAAGGAGAAAAAAAGGUACGAGUCCCCUUAUUUCAGUGUAUUGGCAGGGAAGGACCCCCUCUUUGGGGAUUUGAAUGGAACAAGUACAAUCAAACACAUUAUGAUAUUGAUAAUCCACCACCUAAGGUAGUUCAAGGAUACAAGUUUAAUAUAUUUUACCCAGAUCUCAUAGACAAGUCAAAGACUCCAGAAUAUACAAUUACACCUAUCCCAGAGAAUCCUGACUUUGGUAUUUUAAGAUUUCAUGCAGGCCCUCCAUAUGAGGAUAUAGCAUUCAAGAUUGUCAACAAGGAAUGGGAGCAUUCAUAUAAAAGAAGUUUUAGAUGUCAGUUUGCCAAUAAUAUAAUGCAGUUGUGGUUCCACUUUAAAAGAGAGAGAUACAGAAGAUAGCAACAAUAUAUUUUGUUAUUAUUAUUUUCUCAUGCAAAAGAAAUUAGUUAUAGCAUUUAUAAAUGCCAGUCUAAAUGUGUUAAGUGCAGUGGUGACAUUUCAAUUCCCGGCCUCUUAAAUGUAAAAAAAGCACCAAGAAAUAUGUGGACCUAUUUUGUAUAUUUUGUAUUUAUAAAGAUACACAUAAAAAAAGAUUGAAUUGAUGGAAAAUAAUUCAUAAAUAAAAAGAAAAAUUGUAAAUAUGAAUGUUUUGUGUCGUAUUUUUUAAUUUCUAUUUCAGUCGAGUAUGUCUUGUGCUCCUUUUUUGUGAUUAUAUUGUAAUCAACCUCUGUCACACAUCUGUCAUCAUACGAC